GUGAGAGGCUCGGCACCGGAAAAGGGUCCUUGCUGCAUGAGAAUGCGCUUUCUUCUUCACAGUCUUGUUAUUGUUUUCUGUGAGACAGUGACACAGCACCAGCUGCUAGCACCGGCUACCUCAGGCUGUUUUUAAAAAAGAUACACUUGCUACCUUUUUAUUGGACAUUUUAUAUACUCUACAACCUGUUACUUUUCCGUUCAAGUUCUACGAUAAACUUUCUGAUAAAGUUUUGUUUGCUAGCCACCCGGUAAGUUAGCACGCCGGGCUUGUAGUCGGUGGAUGUGAGUCAGCGAACUUUGAGACAGGGUUGCUGCUGUGGACGUUUUGAAGAAAAAUUUAUUUGUCUGUGUCAUAUCAUGGACCAAACCACCUCUUACCCUGUGAUGCUAUACAUUUAUGACUUGUCUAGAGGCAUGGCCCGUCAGCUCAGUCCUGUCAUGCUAGGUGAGUACCUGAUGAGCUACCUGUUCAUUAGCUUCAUGACAGGGCGACUGAUGCUCUGUCCAGGCCUAAGCUUAAAACCCCUGAAAAGUUAUCACACAGAACAGCUUGUUAUAUACCCAAUCUGAUUAAACUCUCUGUUUUUGGCACAGGGAAACAGCUGGAUGGGAUUUGGUGAGUAGAGCGUCCUAUUGCUGAUGUUUUAACUCUAAAAAUAUGUAGAAACCUGCUUUUAUCGACGUUGUUUUCAUGUGACUAAGAUGCUGAUGUUCCUGACAGGCACACUGCUAUUGUGGUCCAUGGAAAGGAGUUUUUCUUCGGAGCAGCAGGCAUCAACAGUUGCCCACCUGUAAGAGUCAGAUUGAUCCUUUUUUUCACAGUUUAAAUCCUAAUCCCAUUAGAGUUGGGAUGCUGAGGAAAAUGUUGGUAAAAACAGAUUCUGAUGGUUUAAAAAUUAUCUGGAGCCUAGAUUAAACUUUACAAAGGCAACAUAUCAAUUAUUCAGGCUAAAUACAAUGAUGUGACAAUUUGUUUCUCUGCUUCUUGUUGCUGAGUCAUUCUACAAUUUGGAGUACAUUUCAGGUCAACCAAAAACUCAAAAUAUCAGUAUUCUUUUUUGAUAAAUAAACUAGAUGGUUCUAUGAUAUACACUUUCAUAGGUAUAUAUAUGAAGUGCAUAUUUAUGUGUGUAUACGUGUAUAUAGGUAUAGGUAUCUAUAUAAGGUCUUUGUAUCAGUAUUAUUGAUUUGUUGCUUAUUCGUGUUAGACUUUGGAGCUUUGGUUACUUUUUUGCAACAAAUAAUACAAAUAAGCUAAAAAGACUCUACCUAUUCCUUUUCAAUCUCCAAGAAAGGGUGAAUUUCUUGUCUAAAAUUUUACUGUAUGUGUAUUUGAUCGAAUAAACAAUAUCUCUCUCUCAACUUUUGUGGAAGUGGGAUGUGUAAAACACACAAUAAACCAUUUGCCAUUUUUAUUAUUGUAAAUGAACUUAAAAUUUCUUAAAAAUGAGAUGGACCACUGCACAUUUCCAAAGUUUUGGAAAAGUUUAACCAGUUUAUGUGUGUAUUUGUGUGGUUUAUCCCAGAGUGGCACUCCCUUAGGUGAUCCUGACUCCAUGGUGGACCUGGGCUCCACUGAGGUGUCUGAAGAGUUAUUUAUGGAGUACCUGACUGCACUUGCAGAGUCGACAUACAGGUGAGUAUGAAGGAUUAUCACAAAUAUCUAAACCCCAGUGCAAUGAAAGGUCAAGGGUCACGUGGGAAUACAUACAGGUAUACUUGACUUACUCACUCACUACAAUGUGUAUCUUGAUGAUGCAUCCUCAUCCAAAAAGUUCUCAUUUUCAAUUUUUAAAACAUUAUUCAAUUUAAUCGCUGCUGUUUCAGAAGUUGGUACUGAUAAACCGCAUUUAGAAUUGUUAUUUUAUAUUUUAAAACAAUUCCAAGUUCACAUCAACAAAGCAACUCUGAGCUGUAUCAUUAUGGGUAUCAAAGGGAUGCAAUGAAAUAUACAUUAUGAUCUUCUAUGAACUUCAGUACACAUGAAACUAUUGUUCUUCAUGACCCUGUGGAAUAUCACAGUAUGCCAACCUGAUGACGUUCCUUAAAUCUGAGUUCUCCUCUAUGUUGACGGGCCUCCGGUCAGUUUUCACUCUUUUAUCAAGCACUGCAAAUAACUUCAGUUUAGUUCCAACCACAGAUCUGCGGCGAUUCACACACUCCAAAAUAUUGCUCUGUUGGGAUCUCUAUUGAGAUGCUGACAUCACUGACAUCAGCCUGAUUAGCGAUGCCCUGUGUGUUCCCCUUGUAGGCUGUAGCUAAAACUUGAAGUACUUCAACAGUAAACUGAGUUUGACGCAAAGUUCAAAAACAAAAUAGGCAAGUAAUUAGAGAAAAAUAAAUUCUUAAUUUCAGACCUUUGUUGCUUCUGGGUGACAAGCUUUAUAGCUGAGAGACCAUUUUUUACCCAAGGAUUAAUCAAACGAAGAUUUUAAAGAAUAAAUAUUUCUAAAGCAAAUGCCCCGGAACUGUUUUUGAGAUCUCUACUUAUCAGUUCUUUUUGUUAUCUCUCCACUAUAGUGGCUCCGUUUUGUCCUUCUCAUUCAACUACCCUUCUCCACCCUGUCUAGACUCUUCUCUAAAUUGAUAUCUCUGCUGGUCUCUUUGUUUGUUAUUGUUGCACAGUGGUGACAAGUACAACCUGUUUGAGCACAACUGCAACACUUUCAGCAGCGAGGUGGCUCUCUUCCUCACAGGUAAAAAGAUCCCGUCGUACAUCACGGACCUUCCAGCUGAAGUACUUUCCACGUGAGUCAGCGGAUAAUGACAAACAGUAAUCGCUAUUGCUUUACUUGUAAUUUAAUUGUAACACGACUGUAUGCUGUGGUUCUUCUUUAGACCUUUUGGUGAGGCUCUCCGUCCUUUACUGGACUCCGUUGCCAUCAACCCUGGAGGCAACAACAUAACUGGACAUCCAUAGAUGAGCCCCCACAGGUUUAUAAAAUACUUUGAUUUGAGUGUUCAGGUGAGAGGGGGGGUCACUCACCACCAGCAACCAACCUUAAUAACACUUUUCUCUUUGCAUAUCCUUUUAAGGUGCCUUAUUCUUAUAACAAAGUGUAGUUAAAGCCUCCUACAAUGUGCCACAUAUACCCAUAUUACUUCACCUUCUUUGGGUGAUUUUUAUUAACUGUGCACAUCCCGACUUCUAAAAAAUAACCUCUAUUUAUCCUCAGGGAUGCUACUUGUUACAAAUUUCCCUAAUGCUUCAGAUGUAUAGGCAAAUAGACACUUUAUUCUCCUCAAGGCUUCACGCUCUGAACAGUUUGAUUCAAAUACCUGCAUUUGCUCUUUUUUAACUCCUCCUGGUCUUAAUCAUGACACACAUUGUAAUUUUUUGACUAAUUCUUGUUAUAUUUAAUGAUCGAAUGUUUUGUUCUAAAUUAUACUCAGCAGUCAUGAAUGUGAGGUGACUGCAGUCCAAGAGAAAAGCCAUUGUUAGUCAAAGAGUAAAGCUCUUCAUUCAGUGUUUCAGAAAGUACAUUAUCACUAGUUUGAAGGGGUUGUCUUUGGUGUUCACACGUAACCUCCGAAGUGCUUCAUUCAGGAACCUCAAAUCAACACAGCGCACUGACUUGUUGAAAAACAGGACCAACCGUUUGUCUGUUGCUCCUCUUGGAAAGACUUUGAAAUUGUGCAUUUUUCAAAGACAGACUGAUGCACACAACUCAAAGUUGUUGUUUUUCCCUCUUUGUAUUAACAGUAAAAAACUCUGGGCAUGUAUAUGAGCUAAAGAUGAUAGACCAGCAGCUACGUAACCUGAAGAAAAAUCGUUGUUGAUGCCAUCAGAUUUUUUAAUCCUCAGUUUAUUCUUUAUUUCACUGAAUGAUAAAAUGUUGUUUUAACUUAUACGUUAAACUCACAUGGUCAUGCUUGAAGGGUGUCUGCAGGUAGUUGAAAAGAAAACAGAACUUAAAUGCGCCUGAGUCACUCCUAAUUCAUUGAAUUGUAUACGAUUUGAUGCAUUCCUCUUUUUUCUUUUGCACUGAAGUGAAUAUUUCAGGAAAAUGCCUGAUGCGUGAUUGUAAUUGAGCAGAUUGCUGAUCAUAUUUUUUAAAAUAUACACAGAUUUUUGUGUAGAGAUAUAAAGAAAACUUCCAUGCAUAAUUAUUGCAGAAAGGAGUCUGAAGUUCUUAAUGAAAGAGCUUUCUCAGAACUGAACUUGCUCUGACACCCUACACUUUGUUAAACUUGUUAUAAUAACUAAAGUUGUGACAUUAAAAUAUCAAUUGUAUCUUAAAAUCA